AUGACAAACAAUGACAAUAUAAAUAAAGAAUCUACAAAUUUUAAAAAUGAUGUAGUUACAGCAUAUGAUAAUUCAUUAGAUGCAAUGAGUGAUGGUAUGAAAUAUGUUGGUGAUUCGUUGUCAUCAGCAGCCGAAGUAACAAAAGAUAAAACAAUUGAAAUGUAUCAUAAAACAACUAAUGCAAUGAGUGAUGGUUAUGAAUCAUUAAAAUCAAAAGCAAAUGAAUUAAUUCACCAUUCAAAUGAUGAUGAUGAAAGUCAACAUGAAGAUGGUGCUUCUAAAAAAGUUGAAGAAUUAAAAGAGAAAUCCAAUCAAGUUAAAGAUGAUAUUAAAAAGAAGGGUGAAGAAUUAAAAGAGAAAUCAAUAGAUGUUAAAAAUGAAAUAAAGGAUAAUUUAAAAGAAAAAGGUGAGGAACUAGUUGACGAUGCUAAAGAUGCUGCUCAUAAAGCUUCAAAUAAGAUGAAUGGUGUUAAAGAUAAUUUAUCAGAAAAGAUGGACGAUAUUAAAUCUGAUAUGUCUGAUAAAUAUAAAGAUGUAAAAAAAGAAACUGCUAAUAAAUUAAAUCAAACUGCUAAUAAAAUUGAUCAAUAA